AUGAAUCCUCUCAUUGCUUCUCUUCUUCUUCUUCUUGCCGUUUUCUCCUAUUCUCACUCUUCUUCUCUACAAGAGGCACUCGUUCUUGCUGGAAAUGAUUAUGAGCACAAUCUGAGCUUUGACGAAGCCAAAAACUCGGAAGGCAUCAAGAGACUUUUGGAUUCCGAGCAAGCAGCCCAGAAGUGGCAGUUCUUCUACUUUUGCGAGACUGGAAAGAACAAUAAGACGUGCGGAUCUUGGGUUGACGAGGUAGAUGACCUUCACUCUUUUGUACUCUGAAGUUUAUGUGCUUUCAGAAGGGCAACAAGAUCAAGGGAGCCGGCAUCAGCGUUAAAAGAACCACGGACGGAGCCCUCCUCUCGAAGCUGUCGGUCAAGGACGCCGGAAGUUACACGCGAGUUCCGGAGAACAAGGAUGCGAAUCAGGCAUAUCUGGAAAGAGUUCACGUGAAUGUGCAGUCUCUACCACCACCACCACCCAAGUAUUGA